AUGACGGAAGAAGAAUACGGGAGCUUUCCUAAAUACAGAACUCAUCAUCCUAUAGAUUGGGACCAUCACUCCGACAAACAUCAGAAGAUGAAUGUUCUUCAAUACGGAGUCGAGAAAAGAGUAAACAAUGGACAAGGAGCAUUCAGAAACUCUAAACGUCCUUCUUGGAGUCAUGGAGGACGGUUUGGAAACAACUAUGCAGUAUACAGGUGCCACAAUGGUAACUUUGCGGAGUACAAAGCCUCCAAGAAUAAUGAUCUACGUGAUAUCGAUACCAAGAAGACUAUGCAGUCACUCAAUGGACGUCUGACAUCUUAUCUGGAAAAUGUAAAAUUGCUGGAAGAGGAGAAUGUCCAGUUGGAGCAGAAAAUCUGCGACUGGUACAAGAAAAAUGAAGGCGGCUUUGUAUUCCCUGAUUGUAGUCAGUACCUCGAAAUGAUUACUGAUCUCCAGAGCCAGGUACUCUCGGCCAGGGAACAAAAUGCUGACCUAAGUCAAAAGAUGGAGGAUUAUCAAAUGACUGCUGAAGGCUACAGAAAAAGCCAUGAGAUGGAGCACAGGAUGAGGACCAACGCUGAAGAGGAAUUAUACAAACACUAUAGAAUACAGGGAAUGAUUAACCAGGAUAGUCAGGAUCUGGGGGAACAUGUACAAAACCUGAAGAAGGAGCUUCUUGGAUUAAAGAAAACAAGCGAAGAGGAGAUAACUGGUCUACAAGCUCAGCUAGGAACCAGAGUCAAUGUGGAAGUAGAGACUGCACCUUCCAUAGAUCUAAAUGCAACCUUGUGUAGGAUUCGAAAUGAGUAUGAAACCCUGAUGGAGAGAAACCUCAAUGAUAUUGAGAAAAUGCACCAAGAAAUGAUUUUCGAACUGUCCCGAGAAGUAUUUUCUGGCAUUGAACAACUCCAACUAUCCAACAAUGAGGUCACGGGAUUAAAGCUCAGAAUGCUCACACUAGAGACUGAACUAAAGAAAGAAUGGAGUUUGGUAAGUUGA